GCGCGUCCGGUCGGCAUGUCGCUGGGGCCGCGCCUGGCCCGGCUGGCCGGCUGGCUGCAGGAGCCGCAGAAGGUGGCCCGCUUUCAGCGGCUGUGCGGCGUGCAGGCGCCGCCGCCCCGCGAAGCUGAGGCGGCCGAGGCGCCCUCGGCCAGAGCCCCCCGGCGCCGAGACGCGAGGUCGCGGCCCGCCAAACCCGGGGACGGCAGCGGCGGCGCCCCCAACGGCGUGCGCAACGGGCUGGCGGCCGAGCGGGGCCCGGGCGCGGCGCGGAUGACGGGCGCCCAGCGCCGCAACUCGCUGACUGGCGAGGAGGGCGAGCCGGCGCGCGUGAGCAACUGGCCGCUUUACUACCUGUUCUGCCUGGGCACCGAGCUGGGUAACGAGCUCUUCUACAUCCUCUUCUUCCCCUUCUGGAUCUGGAACCUGGACCCCCUGGUGGGCCGCAGGCUGGUGAUCGUCUGGGUGAUGGUCAUGUACCUGGGCCAGUGCACCAAGGACGUGAUCCGCUGGCCGCGGCCCGCCUCGCCGCCCGUGGUCAAGCUGGAGGUGCUGUACAACUCCGAGUACGGCCUGCCCUCUACUCACGCCAUGUCCGGCACCGCCAUCCCCAUCGCCCUGGUCCUGCUCACCUACGGCCGCUGGCAGUACCCUCUGCUGUACGGCCUGGUGCUCAUUCCCUGCUGGAGCUCUCUGGUGUGCCUGAGCAGGAUAUAUAUGGGCAUGCACUCCCUGCUGGACAUUAUUGCUGGCUUCCUAUACACCAUUUUAAUCUUGGCUGUCUUCUAUCCGUUUGUGGACCUGAUUGACAACUUCAACCAAACUCACAAAUAUGCUCCAUUGAUCAUCAUUGGGCUCCAUUUAGCUUUGGGGAUCUUUUCUUUCACUCUGGACACCUGGAGCACAUCCCGAGGAGACACAGCUCAGAUUCUAGGAAGUGGUGCUGGAAUUGCAUGUGGAUCUCAUGUUACUCACAGCAUGGCUCUAAUAUUAGAUCCUUCUCCAGACAUUUUACCUCUGCGUACCCCUCCCAUUACUCUGACUGUCUUUGCAAAAGCCAUAUUGCGGGUCCUCAUAGGAAUGGGAGUUGUACUCAUAGUUAGAAAUAUAAUGAAAAAGAUCACCAUUCCUUUGGCCUGUAAAAUCUUUAAAAUACCUUGUGAUGAUAUUCGAAAAGCAAGACAGCACAUGGAAGUUGAACUUCCUUAUCGAUAUAUUACCUAUGGAAUGGUUGGUUUCUCUACCACAUUUUUAGUUCCCUACAUAUUUUUGUUUAUUGGUAUCUCUUGAUGGGGAAAUACUAUUUAUAAUAAGAAAGGAGACUAUCAGUUACUGACACCUAAAAAUACACUAAAAAUAAAAGGUCAGAGUUAGGCUUUGGCAAGUAAAUUCUUAAGAGUCAGUACAUUUUAUCAUUGCACAUCCAGGCAUUGUUUUAGGUGGGCUGAUCUAUUUAACACUGAGAAAAUGCUAAGUUUCCAUUUAGAAUGUUCAUAUGUUUGGAGAGUUUUGUGCUUUCAUGGAUUCAAGUUAUAUAUAUAAUAUAUAUUAAGGUACAUAAUAUGCAAUCAUAUAUCUAAUAUAUGUUAUAUAUAAAAUAAUAUACCUAAGUUUUUUUAGACAGUAGGGUGUGUAUUAUAAAAUCAAGAAUAAUAUGCAAACAAUUGUGCCUGUGUAUUUGGAAGUAAUACAGGUAUGUUGUUCCUAACAAAUAAUGUUUAGGGCCGGGGAUUUAGCUCAGUGGUUCUGCUGCCUCCCUCGCAAGCGCAAGGACCUGAGUUUGAUCCCCAGUACCAAAAAGAAAAAGAAACAAACCCUGACCCUAGCACCAGCUGUGUGACGUGGGGUGGUCACUUCUUAACUUCUUGGGCUGAGGACUUAGCUCAGUGGUUCUGCCACCUGCCUUGCAAGUGCAAGGUCCCGAGUUUGAUCCUCGGUACCAAAAACACAACAAAUAAUGUUUAGCAUUUAUUUGCUAUGGGAGUCAUGACCUAACUGAACUGCAUAAUUGCUACACCAGAACUCUUAGGCUACCACAUACUGAUUUACUGCCUCUUUUUACACUGCCACCACCUUUCACGUUACCCAUGAGGCUGAACAUGGGGAGCAGUUUCACUGGACCAAACUGGGAUUUGUUUUUGGAGUCCUUGUUUUUUUAAGUUCUGUACACUGUAUUGAAUGUACUUCUUUUGCAACUGUUUUGGGCAUAAGUUUAAUAAAUCAGGUACUGAAUUUUAUUGCUUGCUAAUUGUGCCUUUCUGUUGCUGACUUAAACACCAUGUAUACUGUGAUGUAAAAGUAAGACUCUAAGUUGCAUAUACCUAGGCAAAUAUUUUUAAAAUAUAUGUCAAACUAACAGGGAUCGAAGUAAACCACCAGUAUGUAACUCUUUAGUCUUUCUUUAGAAAGAAAUUGAACUGGGCUAAAAUUUCUCACUAAUUUAUUGGAAAGCUAAAUAGAUAAAUACUUCCAUUUUUGUAGGUAUUUUUCUGUGUACUGUUAAGUUAUAGGAACAAGAUGUAUUUUUGUACAUUGUCUUGAUUGUUUAUACUACAAGUAGAUGUUUCCAGUGCAUGGGAAAGGGUGUUGGAGUUUAUAGAUGGAACAGUGCACAUGGUUCCUUAUGUAAACAAACUGUUUCUCUACAUUACUUGGAAAGGAUUGGAUUUCCCACAAUUAACUUUUAAUACCUACUUACCAGCUGUAAAAGAUGAUAAAUUGUAAAAAAAAAAAUCUAAAAGUAGCAUUAGUAGUUUAGAUCCUUUUUUUUUCCAACUUUUUAUUUUCACAGUGGAAAAUUUGAGUAUAGUGUGUAUAGUAUUGAACUAUUCUUUUUUCUUUGUGUGCCUUUAUAUUUUGAAGUGUGAUUGUAAUUAGUUUAACGUUAAGUUUAUUUGUAGUAAACUUGUCAUAAAGAAGAAAAUUGCCAGGUGUGGUGGUGCAUGCCUGUAAUCCCAGCAUUCAGGAGGCUGAGACUGGAAGGUGGCGGUGAGUUUGAGGCCAGCCUCAUCUGCAUAGUGAGUUCAAGGUCAGCCUGGAUUACUGAAUUAAAUAGUGAGACUUUGUCUCAAGAAAAGAAAAGAAAAUUAACUUUCCAUAUAAAUGAAUAUCAAGUAUGAGAUUACUGACUUUAGUGCAAUAUCUAUAUGGUUAUCCAAAGUAGCAAUUAAGAUGUUUCUAUUUUGGACAACAAUUAUUUGAGCUCAUAUUUUUAUAAUCCUGAUUGAAAAUUUAAGGGCAUGGUAAUUUUUACCAAAACUGAAUCUGAUAAUUUUAAGUAAAGCAACUGAGUUUGGGCUGUUUACUUAUUAGUUGAAAAGAAACCAGGGCACCUAGAAACUUGUCUCGGUACAUUGGAAAAUGUGACAACUUUUUGUUCAAAAUGUGUAGUUAAUGAAUUGAAUUUUAAGAAUUGUUUCCCGAAAUCUGGGUCUGUGCUAGCCUAUUGAUUUUUGUCUAGCUUAAAAAGUACUUGAAAAUACUAUUUCUUGGUGUUUUGUUACUUCCUGUCCUAUGACAGUUCUAUGCUAAAUGUAUUUUAAAAUAAAAGUCAGAUUCAAGAUUGAA